UCGGUAUCGGCGUUGAAAAAUCAUAGUCGGUCGACCUCUACUUGGGACCGAAGAAGGUGGGGGACAGAAACUUCUUUGCCAGUGGAGCGAGUGAUUGAAGUCUGUCCUCAUUCUGCUUCCACCACUCCAAAGACAAGGUGCUCUUUCUGUCAAUGACAGGCUCUGUGAGGUAACGCUCCAACUCAAUUUAAAAACUGCGCUGGACUACAGCCCUGCCCUCUUGGCUUCCAAGGAUUCUAGCGUAGAGGCUGUCCAUCAGACUGGGUGGCUGAUCUACUUGGACUCUUUGCACCUGGAUCUGGGUCCUCCUCUUCACUAGUCCAUUCUGCUGUGGCUCUGGGAUUUGGUUUCCUUAGUAGGUCAGACUCCUCCUUCAGCCACUCUUUUGUAUUUCUCUAGUGCUGUCUCUGAGCUGAAGGCCUAGCUCUUGUAACGUGGAUCCAGGACAGUUGCCAGCACCAGGCACUUUUGUCUCCUCGYCCUCGGAGCACCGCCUUGUCAGACUGUCCAACAUGGUCUUCCGUAAAAUGUUGAUGCCUUGAGUAGAAGAAUCCUCCUGCUGCAGCAUAAGCUUCAGCACCGACACACUGGGGAUGAUGCAUGCUGCUGUAGAGUUGGAGUGGCUCAUCUCCAGUGUCACCUCCUCCAUAGGUGCCAGAGUCUCAAUUAGGUGUCCGCUGAGAGUGCAAAGGGGACUGGGGUGUUGGAAGUAAAAAAGACUGGCAUCAAGGAGGAGCCAGUGGACAGAGAGGUGGACUCGCAGGUGAAUCGCUCAAACAAUUCGUUGGGCUCAAUCAAGAAGUUGUUUAGUUCAAUCAAAGAGGAAAAUGUUGGGGAGGACGCAAGCAUUGCAGGGAGCUAUGACCAGAUUAGAGUGGUGAAAAUAGGAGACUCACACACAGGAGAAAGGAAGAAAGAGGGAGGAGAGUAUGGGAUGGAAUACUCACACUCUCACCAAGAUGAAGGAGAGGAAGGAGGCUGUGAUGCCAUGGUAACAGAGAUUCACAGGGAAGAGAGGAUGAAGGGAAAGGGCAGAAUGAAAGAAUGGAUGAUGGAGAAAAUGAAUGUGACGGCGCAUGAGGUGGAGGUGUUUGUGAUAGAAAACUCAAAACCAGAGGAGGAGGAAUGGAGAGAAUAUGUGUUGGAGGAGGAGGAAGAGGAGGAGGAGGAGGGAUGGAGGAUAGAGGAGAGGGGAGAGGGCAGGAUGGAAGGGAUGUGGGUGAAAAAAGGGAGACGGAAAAAGCUCCCGGGGCCGCAGUGGUGGAGAUGGGAGCAAGAGAGGAAGAAAACAGAGGAAGAUGAGUGGAAGAUGAUUGCAGAGAGGGCGAGGGAGGAAGAGCGGGAGAGACAGAAAGGUCAGACUGUGGAGGAAGAAGAGAAGAAGCGAAAGAAGAAGAGGGUGGCAGGGUUCCGCUGCCCACAGUGCAGCAACACCUUCCAGUCCCGAAGUGAGUUAAUGGAGCACAAGACCGGCUGCUGCAAUGAUGCAAAAUACACCUGCCCAGUGCCACUCUGCCCCAAACACUACACAACUAAGAGGUCCCUGAGGACUCACAUCCGCUUCCACCGUGUAAAUGAUGACAAGAAGAAGAAGAAGGCAUUGGAGACUAUCCAGAAAGCCCAGGGAGCCCAGGAGCAGAAGAUGAAGGCCUAUGAUGCUUACCUGAAAGCCCAGAAAGCCCAGGAAGCGCGGGAGCAGCAGAAAAAGGCUUAUGAUGCUUACCUGACAGCCCAGGUGCAGCAGAAUCAAUACCAACCCAGCCAUAAGAAGAAAUUCUUCUGCCCACUCUGUAACAUAUACCACAGAAACCAAACUAGCCUGGACAAGCACUCUCGUUGCCAUACCAGUGUUCACAAGUUGACGUUCCGCUGCUCCUUCUGCUCCCUGGAGAUCCUGCGAAAGUACACGACGAAAAAGCACUAUGACUUGGAACACCCGGGCAGGGUCCCACACUGUGAGGAGUGUGGAAAAACCUUUAACUCGAUCGACAGCUUCCUAAAACAUCAGGUUAGACACUUGUCCGUGACACCCUACUACUGUUAUGAGUGUCGCAUCUACCAGCUGACCCAGAGGGGCCUCACUGCCCACCUGAGAAACCACUCUCUCAGACGCAACCAGGAGCAGCUAGACCAGCAGUCUGGGGAAACUCAAAAAACCUGAUAAAACAAUGAAUCAUAGUACAGCCCCUCUACACAACAACCCUGCCUCUCUACAAGAUAACCACGCCCAUCUACAAGACAUCAAAGAAGAAGAACUUAUAACCAUAGAAAUAGAAUCUCAAUCUGUGCUUUAACCCCUUUUUGUCCCAUAACCAUACCCCUCCAUCUGACAUGAAAAACUGACCAGGGAACUUUAUCAGUGACUAUUUCUGUACAGGAGAACACUGAGACUGGGAUCAAAUCCUCUAAAUAGAUCUAGUACUUGGUUUUUACAGGAGAUGAACUGUUUUAUCGAUACAGACCGAAUAGGAGAAAUUACAGUAGUAGCAGAAUCAACAACCUCUGCAUCAUCAAAACAUUUGCUUUGUGAGAAGGUGUUAAAGUUCACAGUUAGCCAUUAUGUAAAUGCCAGCUGAAAAGUACCAGUGGCCUGGCUUUGGCCCCAGGUGGGAGCAGGCCCGCCGGAGCCAGCCCAGUGAGACACGGGUACCAGCUCACGUAGAUGGAAACUGAAAAGACUGAGCCAUAUGUACAGUAUUUGUUUGUCACUGCUACCUUGAAGGCCAGGUGUCUUUAAAAUGUUGUAAGCCCUUUAUAAGCCCCAUAAUAUCCUAUAUGYUGUGCAUUUAGCCUUCUAUCCAUAAUCUGUCAUUCAUAUAGAGAGAAUUCAGUUUAAUCUUUUGUAUUCUAUACAUUUAGAUCUAUAGAGUUGUCUUACACAACAUUACCUGUAAGUAUCUUUACGUAAAAUGUGAUAGUCACACAUUUAUAAAAUGUAAUUUAGUGCUUCUGAGUUAAUGUUGGUGUUGAGAUUAUAGAGUAUAUUAUUAGACCAUUCCUGAUCCUUUGAGGUUUAAUCKAUUUUUCCUUCUGGUUCUGCACUUUUCUCUUUAUCUGCACUUGUUUAUUUCCUACAGUACUCCAGGGUGAGUAGUACAGCACUAUGGGUAGGUUUAGUGGGUGCAACAUAGCCAUAGAAAUGUUUUGUAUAGAACAAAUACUUUGUUAAACAUAUGGGAUGUCUGUCAUGUAGAAUAGGGUAUAGUGUCAACUCUAUUACAUUUCUAUCUGCAACACUCUGAAUGUUUCACCUCACUGAAUACACCCCAUGUAUACAGUAGGAACUCUCUGGUCCAAUAGGAAGCCAAGUGAACUUUCUCUGGCCAAUAGAGAUGAACCCGAAUGACACUGUAGCCCUGCCCAACAAGGAGCCCUUUGAUGUCGACUGGUUCCAUUACUGAAUGUCUGAUGCUUUGUUCUCUACACUAUUGACAUGCUCUCUGAAUAAAAKGCCUUUCUAUGGUA